AUGGGGAUCCAGAGCUCUGCCAUCUCGACCUCACACACACACAUUGUCCAUCUCAGAUUCAUAUCCUACGUUCCACCUGUUUUUUCAUUCUUCCACUUGUGCACGUAUAUUCCAGAUCAGAAGACGAGAAACGGCCCCAAACGCUCCGAGAGUCUCUCUAGUGAACGAACAAGGUAUGUGUACUAUAUCACUGAGGGUGUUUACGGCCACAUGUUGACCCCCCAGCCACCAGAGCAGAUCACCGCUAUCCUAAAGCUGCUACCCAGCUGUUUCCAAGGUGACGAGCGGAAGAUGCAGAAGAUGUGGGAGGAUCUUCUGGAGGAGGUCCAGAGAGACUAUGAAUUCAACCUCCGCAAGAGCAUUGUUGAUUAUAUCCUGCUAGAUCCAGCGGAGCAAGAGCGUCUGUCAGUCUCUGCUGUCCCCUGGCCGUUCCCGUCCCGUGUCAUUCGUGCACCAGUUCCCUGGUCCGAGAGCUACAGAGAGGCUCACAGCUGGCAGACGGAGAACCUCUGCACCGUCAACCCUAUGAUGCUCCAUGUACAGGAUCUCUGGAUGAGCAGUUUCACAUCUCUGCGGUUUGUGCGUUUGGAUGAUCUGCUCUCAGCCGAUCUUCCGCUCUUGCCGGCGGAGUUUGAGGAGCUGGUGCGGCGACAGUGUCAGAACACCCGAGAUGAACUGCUUAACACUUGGCUGCCCCGCUGUGCUUCUCUUUUUGUGACCUUUAAAGACUCCUGGUUGCCACUGGUCCCAAAGAAAGCAAGCAUCUCCCCGGUAAAGGCACAGAAACUCUUCUACAGUGUGGCUGCUCUGAUGUCACUGCAGCUGCGCGGUCUGGUGGUCGCAUCGCUGCAGGAUCUGCUGCAGUUUUUCCAGCUACAUCAGGAUGGUAAUGAUUUUGGGGAGUAUUUUGAUGAGCUGAAGUACACGCAGCGUCCAUUGUUACUGGUGAAAUUGAGACUUGAGGACCCCAAAAUUACAUUUGAACCUUCACUGGAGAGCUGCUGGGAGCUCAUACAGCAUGCAUUCACACAGAUCAUCGACAGCGCCCACAACAUACCCCGGGUGGAGUGUAAGCUUUUCUCAGAGGUGGGAGAAACUCUAAUGCUAUGCUCAGUGAGACACGACGAGAUGCUGGUGACAGACAUCGUGAACAGAGCCAGAGAGAUCUUUCAGUGGAACACCGUUGGGCCCCAGAGGUAUCUGGAUGUGUAUAAGAAGUACACUGAUUUACUGGACCGUCAGGACAUACUGAACUUCCUUAAAGCCAAACACUCACUGCAGGGCUUUACUAAGAAAAUCACAGGUGUGCAGAAUUUGUGGACGGAGAUUGCAUCGCUGCAUGUGACUGUUCCACUCUCCCUGAUCUGUCUGGAUGCGGUGAACCUGAACCAAGAUCUGUGUGACAAGGCAGACCAUCUCGUAGAUCUUCUCACAACAUUUGUGAUGGAGGAGAACCGAGAACUCAACAAGAGUAUAUGCCAUCAUUACGAUGAGAUUACGGACAGAAUCACAAGCAAGCUGAGUACCACAGAGGAGCUGGUAGAGUUAAACCAGUACCUGAGACACACAAGUGAAGUCACCGUACACAAACUCCGCCAUGAGAUUGAGGAAGCUGUCAAGAGACUCGACUUCCUGCUCGACUACGCCACUCUUCCAGAGGAGGAUAUGAAGUUGUUCAGCACUUUGAUCCACUGGCCUGAACAGAUUCUGUCUUCGAUUGAAGUCAGUAAGGAUAAACUGAACAAUCAGAAAGAUCAGGCUGAGAUCGAUCUGAUGAAAAGAAUAGGGAAGUUGGAAGAGACGCUGAAGGGCCUGGAAAAAGAGGUGGACAUCUUUAAGAUGAAAGAAAAGAUGACUUUGGAUGAGAGCAAGAUCAAUGUGGAGAAACUCAAUAAGAUCAGCGUCAGCCUGGAGGCCGCUGUCAAAGAGAUAGAGUGCAUUAAUAAAGAAGAGGGUUUGCUGGACAAAGAACAGACUCAGUUUCCAGUCUUACAGACAAUAAUGGCCAAAAAACAGCCGUAUGACCAGCUGUGGAUCACGGCUCUUGAUUUUCAGACCAAAUCUGAUGUGUGGAUGAAUGGUCCAUUCCAGCAACUGAAUGCAGAAACGGUAUCAGAGGAGUUGGGAAACAUGUGGCGCACCAUGUACAAACUCACAAAGAUCUUCUCAGAUCGGACGUCUCCCGGGCGUGUCACAGAAAACUUCAAGAAAAAGAUUGACAAAUUCAAACAACACCUUCCCAUUCUGACAACUAUCUGCAAUCCAGGCCUGAAGGACAGACACUGGGAGAUGAUCAGUAAUAUAGUGGGAUUUGAUGUUAAGCCGGACAAAGACACCCCACUCCUCAAGAUGGUGGAGCUCGGAUUUUCAGAGUAUUCAGACAAGCUGGAGGAAAUCGGUGCUUCCGCAAGUAAGGAAUUCUCUCUGGAAAAGUCUCUGGAGAAAAUGAAACAAGAGUGGGCUGAGCUCCGCUUUGGGUUUUCCCCGUAUAAGGACACGGGUACAAGUGUUUUAUCGGCAGUAGAUGAUAUUCAGCUGCUGUUGGACGAUCACAUUAUCAAGACUCAGACUAUGAGAGGAUCUCCAUUCAUCAAGCCAAUGGAGGCCGAUGCAAAGACCUGGGAGGAGAAGUUGCAGAGCAUACAGGAUAUAUUGGAUGCAAUGUUGCAGUGUCAAAGCAUGUGGAUGUAUCUAGAGCCCAUCUUCAGCUCAGAGGACAUCAUAGCCCAGAUGCCAGAGAACGGACGCAAGUUUGCCAUCGUAGACAGUUACUGGAAAAACAUUGUCGCUGAAGCGUUGAAGGACACACGUGCGCUGGUGGCCACAGAGCAGCCCAACAUGUUGGGUCGCCUUCAGGAGUCCAACACUUUCCUGGAGGAAAUACAGCAGGGUCUGAACUCAUACCUGGAAACAAAGAGACUCUUCUUCCCUCGGUUUUUCUUCCUGUCUAAUGAUGAGAUGUUGGAGAUCUUGUCUGAGACGAAGGAUCCGCUGCGUGUCCAGCCUCAUCUUAAGAAGUGUUUUGAGGGAAUCGCUAAGCUAGAAUUCACCCCUGAUCUGGAGAUCACAGGAAUGAUCAGCUCAGAGAAAGAGAUUGUUCCCUUAAUAGAGACCAUCUACCCAGCUAAAGCCAAGGGAAUGGUUGAGAAGUGGCUUCUGCAGGUUGAAAACACAAUGCUGAUGAGCAUCAGAGGCGUCAUAAAACAAGGAAUGGAGCAGUACUCAGAGAUGCCUAGGAAGAAGUGGGUGCUGCUGUGGCCUGGUCAGGUCGUGAUCUGUGCGUCCUGCAUCUUCUGGACCAGUGAAGUAUCUGACGCCAUACAGAACAACACUCUUCCUGCUUAUGUUGAACAGAGUAAUGCUCAGAUCGCUGAUAUAGUCGAGCUGGUAAGAGGGAAGUUGCCAGGUGGGGCCAGGAUGACUCUGGGAGCUCUUAUUGUCAUUGAUGUUCAUGCACGUGAUGUUGUGUGCAAGCUGGCACAGGAUGGCAUUUCAUCUCUAAAUGAUUUCCAGUGGAUUUCCCAGCUGCGGUAUUUCUGGGAGGACGGAGAGGUCAUGCUGCGGAUGAUCACCACCGUGAUCAGAUACGGAUACGAAUAUCUCGGCAACUCACCACGUCUGGUCAUAACACCACUAACUGACCGCUGCUACAGGACUCUGAUGGGCGCUCUGAAGCUGAAUCUUGGCGGAGCUCCAGAAGGUCCUGCGGGAACUGGAAAAACAGAGACGACCAAAGAUCUGGCCAAAGCGCUCGCCAAGCAGUGUGUGGUGUUCAACUGUUCUGAUGGUCUGGACUACAAAGCGAUGAGUAAAUUUUUCAAGGGUCUAGCACAGUCCGGAGCGUGGGCAUGUUUCGACGAGUUCAACCGGAUAGAGGUAGAGGUGUUGUCUGUGGUCGCCCAGCAGAUUUUGAGUAUUCAGCAGGCCAUAAUGCGAAACAUGAAGACAUUUAUGUUCGAGGGAACCGAGCUCUCUCUCAAUCCGACCUGCUGUGUGUUUAUCACCAUGAACCCAGGAUACGCAGGCAGAGCAGAGCUGCCUGAUAACCUGAAAGCUUUGUUCCGUACAGUUGCAAUGAUGGUUCCAGAUUAUGGACUGAUUGGAGAGAUAUCACUUUAUUCGAUGGGAUUCACAGCAUCCCGGAGCCUGGCUCAGAAGAUCGUGGCGACGUAUCGCCUGUGCUCUGAGCAGCUCUCGUCUCAACCGCACUACGAUUAUGGGAUGCGUGCGGUAAAAUCAGUCCUGACUGCGGCGGGAAACCUGAAACUCAAAUACCCAGAAGAGGACGAGAGCGUUUUGCUGCUCAGAGCUCUCAUGGAUGUCAACAUGGCCAAGUUCCUCGCGCAGGAUUUACCACUGUUUCAGGGAAUCAUCACUGAUCUGUUUCCUGGAGUGGUGCUGCCCAAACCAGAUUAUGAGUUACUGUUAAAAGCUUUGGAUGACAACAUCGCCAAGAUGAAACUGCAGCCUGUACCGUGGUUCAUUGGCAAAAUUAUACAAGUGUACGAGAUGAUGCUGGUCAGACACGGCUUUAUGAUUGUUGGCGAGCCUAUGGGUGGAAAAACUUCAGCUUAUAAAGUUCUGGCUGGAGCUUUGGGAGACCUUUAUAAGGAAGGUCUGAUGGAAGAGUUUGCGGUAGAUUUCCGCAUCAUUAAUCCGAAGGCGAUCACUAUGGGGCAGCUGUAUGGCUGUUUUGAUCCAGUGAGUCACGAGUGGUCAGACGGCGUUUUGGCCACCUCAUUCAGACAACAGGCCCAGUGCACCGCAGACGACCGCCAGUGGAUCAUAUUCGAUGGGCCCAUCGACGCGGUCUGGAUUGAGAACAUGAACACCGUUUUGGACGAUAACAAGAAGCUGUGCCUGAUGAGUGGUGAGAUCAUUCAGAUGAGUCCUAAAAUGAGUCUGAUCUUUGAGCCUGCGGAUCUGGAGCAGGCGUCACCCGCUACUGUGAGCAGAUGCGGUAUGAUCUACAUGGAGCCGCAUCAGUUGGGCUGGAUGCCUCUGAGAGACUCCUACAUGAACACAUUACCUGAGACCCUGGCAGAUGAGCACAGAACCCUGAUUACUGAUCUCUUUAACUGGCUGGUUCAACCUUGUUUGGACUUUAUUUACCAUGAGUGUGGAUUCUUAGUUCAGACAUCACCUAUUCACCUGGCCUAUAGUCUGAUGUGCCUGUAUACCUGCCUACUAGAUGAGAUUUUUCAGUCAGGACAGGAAGGAGCAGAAUCUAUGACGAGUCAGCAGGUGACGCUGUGGUUUCAGGCCCUGUUCGUGUUCGCUGUGGUCUGGAGUUUGGGAGGAACCAUCAACGGCAACAGCAGGAAGAAGUUUGACAUCUUCUACCGAAACCUUAUCAUGGGCACAAACACCGAUCACCCGCGACCCCAGAGUGUGAAACUCACCAAGAGCAACGUGUUCCCAGAGAGAGGCACCGUCUAUGAUUAUUAUUUCCAUAAGCAGGGUCCCGGUCAGUGGAACAACUGGACCGAAUCCAUCACUAAAGAAGACAAAGUCAUACCUGCCGGCGCAAAAGUGUCUGAUCUUAUCAUACCCACGGCAGAAACGUCACGCCAGCUCUUCUUCCUCAGGACGUAUCUGUCACAUGAGGUGCCCAUACUGAUCGUGGGACCCACAGGAACCGGAAAGUCUGUGAUAAACAACAACUUCCUGAUGUCGCUUCCCAAGGAGCGCUACACUCCCAUCUGCAUCAACUUCUCCGCCCGGACUUCUGCCAACCAAACCCAGGACAUCAUCAUGUCUAAGCUGGACCGCCGCCGCAAGGGCGUGUUUGGGCCACCGAUGGGGAAGAAAUGCAUCAUCUAUGUUGAUGAUCUGAAUAUGCCUGCAAAGGAGAUAUACGGUGCUCAGCCACCCAUUGAACUGCUGCGCCAGUGGAUCGAUCAUCAUCAUUGGUAUGAUAAAAAAGACACGUCCAGACUGGACAUUGAGGAUGUUCUGUAUAUGUCUGCUAUGGGGCCCCCUGGUGGAGGGAGAAACGACAUUACAGGACGAUUUACACGUCACCUAAAUAUUAUAUCGAUUGAUACAUUCGAUGACGAGACUCUAAGCAACAUCUUCACAUCCAUCACUGACUGGCACUUCAGCAAUGGUUUUGAUGCCUCUUUCUACAGGUUGGGUAAAAUCAUGAUUCAAGCUACUAUGGCAGUAUACAAGGAUGCAAUCGAGAGUUUCCUCCCAACACCAUCUAAAUCUCAUUAUAUUUUCAAUCUGCGAGAUUUUGCGAGGGUGAUUAGGGGCGUAAUGCUCUGUCCAUCAACAAACAUGCAGGAAGGUGAUAAACUAAUCCGCUUAUGGAUCCAUGAGGUGUAUCGCGUGUUUUACGAUCGACUGAUUGAUAAUGACGACAGAGAGAAAUUUUUUAACAUUGUGAAAGAAAGGACAGCAGAAUAUUUCAAACAAAGCAUCGAAAAGCUCCUCAGUUAUCUCACUCUGUCUGGUAAAGUUGAAGAUGACAGCAUUCGCAGCCUGUUUUUUGGUGACUACGCCAAACCAGACUCGGCCAGUAAAACGUACGACGAGAUCACAGAUCUGAGUACAUUAACGGAGGUGAUGGAUUUCUACCUCAAGGAGUUUAAUAACAUCAGCAAAGCGCCCAUGAACCUCGUCAUGUUUCAGUUCGCCAUCGAACACAUCUCACGAAUCUGCCGUGUGCUGAAACAAGACAACGGCCACCUGAUGCUGGUCGGCAUCGGCGGAUCGGGGCGACAGAGCACCACCAAACUCGCCACCUUCAUCAAUGACUACGAGCUGUUCCAGAUCGAACUGACCAAGAACUACAGCAUGUCGGACUGGCGUGACAAUCUGAAGCACCUGAUGCUGAAAGCUGGGAUAGAGGGGAAGAAAACUACGUUUCUCUUUAGUGACAACCAGAUCAAGGACGAAGCCUUCGUUGAGGACAUCAACAUGCUGCUGAACACAGGAGACGUGCCAAACAUCUUCCCAGCAGACGAGCGUGCUGACAUCAUCGAAAAAAUGCAGGGAAUAGCCCAGAUGGAAGGGAAGAAGAUGGACGUCACACAGCUCUCCAUGUACAACUUCUUUAUCGACAGAGUUAAAGCCAACCUUCAUAUAGUUCUUGCAAUGAGCCCAAUAGGUGAAGGCUUCCGCAAUCGUCUGAGGAUGUUCCCAUCAUUGAUUAACUGCUGCACCAUAGACUGGUUUCAGGCCUGGCCCAAAGACGCUCUGGAGAUGGUCGCCAACAAGUUCCUUGAGGAUUUGGACAUUGAAGACAACAUCAGGAUGGAGGUGGUGGAAAUGUGUAAGAUGUUCCAGGAGAGUGUCAGAGAGUUGUCUGAGCGCUACUACUCCCAGCUGCGCAGACAUAAUUACGUGACUCCUACUUCCUACCUGGAGCUCAUCCUGACCUUUAAAGUCUUGCUUAACUCCAAACGCAGUGAGGUGAAUGAGCUCAGGAAUCGAUACAUAAUCGGCUUGCAGAAACUUGACUUUGCUGCCUCUCAGGUAGCGGUCAUGCAGCAGGAGCUCACAGCUCUUCAGCCAGAACUGAUCGAGACAGCCAAACAGACCGAUCAGAUGAUGGUGAAGAUAGAGAAAGAGACGGUGGAGGUGGAUGCUAAGAAAGAGCUUGUCAGUGCUGAUGAGAAAGUCGCCAAUGAAGCAGCAGCUGCUGCUAAAGCGAUCAAGGAUGAGUGUGAGGGAGAUCUUGCAGAAGCGAUGCCAGCACUGGAAGCGGCUCUCUCUGCUCUAGACACACUGAAGCCGGCUGAUAUUACUGUCUUGAAGACGAUGCAGAAUCCUCCUGGUCCUGUCAAACUGGUCAUGGAGUCCAUCUGUGUCAUGAAGGGCAUUAAACCAGAGAGGAAACAAGACCCCGGUGGAUCAGGAAAGAUGGUUGAGGAUUUCUGGGGACAAUCUAAGAAGCUUCUUGGUGACAUGAAGUUCCUUGAGAGCCUUAAGACGUUCGAUAAAGACAACAUACCUGCACCUAACAUUAAGAAAAUCAGAGAAAAGUUCAUAGACCACCCAGAUUUUCAGCCUUCAGUAAUCAAAAGCGUGUCUUCUGCUUGUGAGGGCCUUUGCAAAUGGGUGCGUGCCAUGGAAGUAUACGAACGAGUGGCGAAAGUCGUUGCCCCCAAGCAAGUGAGAUUAAAGGAAGCAGAGGAGGAGUUAGCUGUGCAGAUGCAGAAGUUAUCUGUGAAACGUGCCGAGCUGAAGGAGGUGGAGGAUCGUCUGCAGGCGCUGAAUGACACAUUCGACGGGAUGAUACAGAAGAAAAAAGACCUAGAAGCAAACAUAGAGCUCUGUUCCCAAAAGCUAAUACGAGCUGAAAAACUAAUCGGUGGUCUGGGAGGAGAAAAAGACAGGUGGACGGAGGCUGCUCGGCUCCUUGGCAUUAAAUACACCAACCUUACCGGCGAUGUGCUUUUGUCCUCUGCUAUGGUGUCUUAUCUUGGCGCGUUCACUGUCGAUUACCGCGUGGAGUGUCAGCGAGAGUGGCACAAGCUGUGCAAUGAGAAAAACAUACCAUGUUCGAAGGAUUUCACACUUAGCAACACUCUCGGAAACCAGGUACUGAUCCGAUCGUGGCAGAUUGCUGGAUUACCAGUGGACGCGUUUUCAACCGACAAUGGAAUUAUUGUCUCAAACUCUCGCCGUUGGCCACUCAUGAUCGAUCCACAGGGACAAGCCAACAAAUGGGUCAAAAACAUGAACAAGGCCAAUAAACUGUCCAUCAUCAAGCUCUCAGACAGCAACUAUGUCCGUACCCUCGAGAACGCCAUCCAGUUCGGCACGCCAGUCCUCCUGGAGAAUGUUGGGGAGGAGCUGGAUGCAAUUUUAGAGCCGGUUCUCCUAAAACAGACCUUUAAGCAGCAGGGCGUGGAGUAUAUGAAACUUGGUGAAAACACUGUGGAGUAUUCAAGCGAUUUCCGGUUCUACAUCACAACAGGAUUGAGGAAUCCACAUUACUUGCCGGAGGUGGCGGUGAAAGUGUGUCUUUUGAACUUCAUGAUCACGCCGUUGGGUCUGGAAGAUCAGCUUCUGGGGAUCGUCGCCGCUAAAGAGAAGCCAGAACUCGAGGAGAAGAAAAACCAGCUAAUUCUCGAAAGCGCAGCCAACAAUAAGCAGCUAAAGGAGAUCGAGAACAAAAUCCUGGAGGUCCUUUCUUCUUCUGAAGGGAACAUCCUAGAAGACGAAACUGCUAUUAAGGUUCUCUCGUCAUCUAAAAUAUUGUCAGAGGAGAUUUCCGAGAAGCAGAAAAUUGCGAGCAUGACUGAAAACGAGAUUGACGAAACUCGAAUGGGUUACCGGCCAGUUGCAGAACACUCAUCCAUUCUGUUCUUUUGCAUCUCGGAUCUGGCGAACAUCGAUCCCAUGUACCAAUACUCUCUCACGUGGUUCAUCAAUCUGUACCUGCAGUCCAUCGCUCACAGCGCGCCUAGCGAUGACCUACAGAUCCGCAUCGCUAACAUCUUGGAUCACUUCACCAUGCGUGUUUACUAUAAUGUGUGCCGCUCUCUGUUUGAGAAGGACAAGCUGCUGUUCUCUUUGCUUUUGACCGUCGGCAUUAUGCAGGGCAAAGGUCAGGUCGACGACCUCGUCUGGCGCUUUCUUCUCACCGGAGGCAUUGCUCUGGAAAACCCUUACCCCAACCCGGCCCCGGAGUGGCUUACGGAUAAAUCGUGGUCCGAAGUGGUUCGGGCUUCUCAACUUCCUUGCCUGGAAGGAUUGUUUGAACACGUGCAGGAGAAUAUCGCACAGUGGAAGCAGAUUUACGACUCGGGUCAUCCGCAGGACGAGGAGUUACCCGGGAAAUGGCGCACAGUAGUGGGCAUGGAGCGCAUGGUGGUGCUGCGCUGCUUCAGACCGGAUAAACUUGUGCUGGCGGUACAACAGUUCAUCGUCGACAGAAUGAGCCGGACAUACAUUGAGCCACCGACCUUUGACCUGGCGGAGAGCUACAGUGACUCUUACUGCUGUUCACCACUUAUCUUCGUCCUUUCUCCAGGAUCAGACCCUACAGCAGGACUUCUAAAGUUUGCAGAUGACUUGGGCAUGGGCGGCAGUAAGACGCAGGUGAUCUCUCUGGGUCAGGGUCAAGGUCCAGUAGCUGAGCAGCUGAUCAGAGCAGCACUGACCGACGGCACCUGGGUCGUGCUGCAGAACUGUCACCUCGCGACCAGCUGGAUGCCAAUGCUGGAGAAGAUUUGUGAGGAGGUCAUAACACCUGAAAGCACACACACAAGCUUCAGGUUGUGGUUGACCAGUCAGCCAUCUGACAAGUUUCCAGUGAGUGUUUUGCAGAAUGGGGUGAAGAUGACGAACGAGCCUCCCAAAGGACUGAGGGCAAAUUUACUGCGUUCUUACCUCAGCGACCCCAUCUCAGACACUGCCUUCUUCAGCAGCUCCGCUAAGCAGGACAUCUGGCAGAAGCUGCUGUUCGGCCUUUGUUUCUUCCACGCUCUGGUCCAGGAGAGGAGAACAUUCGGCCCACUCGGUUGGAAUAUUCCAUAUGAGUUUAAUGAGUCUGACCUGAGAAUCAGCAUUCGUCAGAUCCAGAUGUUCCUGGAUGAGUAUGAGGAGGUUCCGCUAGAGGCCCUCACUUACCUGACAGGAGAGUGUAAUUAUGGUGGGAGGGUGACAGAUGAUAAGGACCGGAGACUGCUGAUGUCCCUCCUCUCCAUCUUCUACAGCUGGGAGCUCAUUGAACAGGACCAGUAUUUUGUGUGUGAGGGAGAUCUGUACUAUGUGCCAUCACACGGUCCAUACCAGAGUUACGUGGACUACAUCCGCAACCUUCCCAUCACUGCUGAACCUGAGGUCUUUGGCCUCCACAGCAACGCUAACAUCACCAAAGACAACCAGGAGACCAAUCAGCUGUUAGAUGGAGUGCUGCUGACUCUGCCGAGACAAACUAGCGGCGGAGCCAAAUCACCACAGGAAAUAGUGGACGAGCUGGCCGGGGGAAUGCUGGCCAAACUCCCUCCUGAUUUUGACAUUGAGAUGGUGACCAAUAAAUACCCACUCCUGUAUGAGGAGUCGAUGAACACCGUCUUACGGCAGGAACUUAUUCGCUUCAACAGGCUGUCAAAGGUGGUCCGUAGCAGCCUGAUAAACACCCAGAAGGCACUUCGGGGGCAGGUUGUGAUGUCAGCCGAGCUGGAGAAUGUCUUCAACAGUCUUCUCGUUGGGAAAGUGCCAGCCAUGUGGGCCGCAAAGUCCUACCCUUCCCUCAAACCCCUCGGAAGCUAUGUGUCCGACUUUCUCGCCAGACUGCAGUUCCUACAGGACUGGAUUGAUAAUGGCCCUCCAUCUGUGUUCUGGAUAUCUGCGUUUUAUUUCACUCAGUCAUUCCUCACUGGUGUGUCUCAGAAUUUCGCUCGCAAGUACACCAUCCCCAUUGACUACAUCGGCUUUGAGUUUGAGGUCUGUAAACAGGAAACUCACAUGGAGCAGAAGCCGGAGGAUGGUGCGUACGUCCGUGGGUUUUUCCUCGAGGGAGCGCGCUGGGAUCGAGAGCACAUGGUUAUCGGUGAGUCUGUUCCUAAAGUCCUCUUCGACACGCUGCCCAUAAUCUGGCUGAAGCCCGGAGAGAGCACCAGCUUCCUGCACGAGAGCGUUUACGUCUGCCCCGUGUACAAGACCAGCGCCAGGCGUGGGACUCUCUCCACCACUGGUCACUCCACAAACUACGUGCUGUCCAUUGAGCUGCCCUCGGACAAGCCACAGAAACACUGGAUCAACCGCGGCGUCGCCUGCCUCUGCCAACUAGACAACUGAGCAUAUCAGAGUUUGCAUUUAUGUGUUUACAUUUUAACACGCCAAAAACUGAUAAUACAAGACUACAGUACUAUCGUUAAGUUUAAUACAAUUGAAUAGAAUAAUAAAACAACGAUGCAUGUUAACAUAACUUCGAUGCCACUUAAAUGUGCAGAGACAAACCAUUUGAGGGUGUAAAUUCAACAUACAAAAUAAUAAACUUUAAUUGAAAUACAGCUAGAUACUUUAAAUGCAACAUUAAAUGAGCCCUUUAUACAAUGCAGUAUAUGACAAAUAUAAUAAACAAAACAGCUCACAUUAAAGGGAUAGUUCACCCAAAAAUGAAAUUUCUUUCAA